GCAGAAGUUUGUCUCAGGGUCACACAGCUGUUUGAGGAGGAGUGAAUGAGUGCUUAUGUGCAUGCUCUGUGGACACACAGUGACUCGGCUUAACUUGUCAAUAUACUGAAUUAGCUGAUCCAGAUUGGACAUACGGACUGGACUGGGCAGUGGAUAUUUCAGCUGACUGUAAAGCCUUUGGCUGCAACGAGGAAUACUCUUCUGCACCCGAGAGAGAAAGAGGGGGGACAGAGAAAGAGAGCGAGAGAGAGGGAGUGAGAGAAAGAGAGAGAAGGGAGAAGGGAGAAGUUCAGUGGACUUACUUUGUUUGGUUCAGAUGACUCCCUUUUCAUCUCUCUGAUUUUUCAUCUCUCUGCAUUUGCUUUUCUGAGCACCAGGAUCAUGUCUGCAAUUGACAGCAAAGGAAUAUGCAUGGCAUUUCUGCUGGGAUCUCUACUAGUAAUCUCAACAAGUGGGAACACCGGUCAUAAUCAGGACACCGUGCUGACAAGACCAACCUGCUAUGGAGGUUUUGACCUCUACUUUGUUUUGGAUAAGUCUGGCAGUGUGAUGCACCACUGGACUGAGAUCUACCACUUCGUCGAACAUCUGGCGCAUAAAUUCAUAAGCCCACAGCUGCGGAUGUCCUUUAUUGUAUUUUCCACUGAGGGACGGAUCCUGAUGCGUCUCACAGAGGACAGGGAAAAGAUAAGGAAAGGACUGGAGGAGCUUCAGAUGGUCCUGCCAGGGGGAGACACCUUCAUGCACGAGGGCAUUCAAAGGGCCAGUGAGCAGAUUUACUAUGGAAACUCUGAAGGGUACCGUACUGCUAGUGUCAUCAUCGCCCUGACUGAUGGCGAGCUGCAUGAAGACCUCUUCUUCUACGCUGAGCGAGAGGCUAAUCGCUCCCGCAGCCUGGGUGCGUCAGUCUACUGCGUCGGGGUGAAGGACUUCAACGAGACCCAGUUGGCGAAGAUAGCAGACAGCAAGGACCAUGUUUUUCCAGUGAAUGGCGGUUUCGAGGCAUUGCAAGGAGUCAUUGAUUCAAUCCUCAGGAAAUCCUGCAUUGAGAUCCUCGCGGCGGAACCUUCCAGUAUCUGUGCAGGAGAGACAUUCCAGGUGGUGGUCAGAGGGAAUGGAUUCCUCCACGCCCGCAACGUGGAAAAAGUUCUCUGCACUUUCCGCAUCAAUGACACUCUCACAAGGAUGGUGAAGCCUCUUAUUGUUGAAGAUACAUACAUGCUGUGUCCUGCACCAGUGUUGAGAGAGGAGGGAACGCAUGCCUCCUUGUAUGUCAGCAUGAACGAAGGCCUGAGUUUCAUCUCCAGCUCUGUCACCAUUACCACCGUGGGUUGUUCUGAUGGGACCAUCCUGGCCAUCGCUCUGCUCAUCCUCAUGCUGCUGCUGAUCCUGGCUAUGCUGUGGUGGUUCUGGCCUCUCUGCUGCACAGUGAUUAUCCGUGAGCCUCCACCACCAGUAGUCGAAGAUAGCUCGGACGAGGAGGAUGAGGAUGGCAUGCCGAAGAAGAAGUGGCCGACAGUGGACGCCUCCUACUACGGUGGCCGAGGAGUGGGUGGAAUCAAGCGGAUGGAGGUGCGCUGGGGAGAGAAGGGCUCCACGGAGGAGGGUGCCAAGCUGGAGAAGGCCAAGAACGCGCGGGUCAAGAUGCCCGAGCAGGAGUUUGAGCUGCCGCCCACGCGCAUGCUGAACAACGGCAUGAGGAAACCCCACGGCCCGCGCAAGUGGUACUCUCCCAUCAAGGGCAAGCUGGACGCUCUGUGGGUGCUCUUGAGAAAAGGCUACGACCGUGUGUCAGUCAUGAGACCGCAACCAGGAGACAAAGGUCGCUGUAUGAACUUCACUCGGGUCAAGUCCAGCCCUCCGCCCCGCUACCCAGCCUACAGGAACCACUCCACGCCCAUCUACACCCCACCGCGAGAUGGAAGUCCACCACCGCCGCCACUCCAGACCAUGCUGCCCCCUCCGUCCCACAGUCCUCCGGCCUCGCCAUGCUCCACCCUCCCCCCUCUGCCCUCCACCCCUCCUCCGUGCUCAACGCCCUCCCCUCCCACCACCCCGCUUCCCAUCACCCCUCCCCCUUACACCCCUCCACCAACCAGGGCCCUGCCUCCCACCACGCUCUACUUCCCCCCGCCCGUGGCCCCGCCUUCUCCUCCCGCGUCGCCAACCGGAUCGCUGCCUCCGCUCCCACAAGCCCCUCCCCCCUGUAGAGCCCCGCCCCCAGACCGCCCGCCGCCGCGCCCCUCUCCGUAGGAACGGGCCGUUGUGAUUGGCGGGUGCAGAGGCUCUGGCUCUGCCUCCUGGAGCUGAUCCGUGGAGCGCGAGGCGUCGGCAGGACAUUCCCAAACGUGCCCCCCCCGCUCAGACUACUCCAGACGUGUUCAUGUGGCCACGCACUAACCUUUAAAAGGGUGGGUUUUGAACAUUCUAACACAAGAUUCUAUUCCGCAACAAUUCAACGUUCUAAAAUUCUAUGUAGAAUUCAAUGAACCCAGACACUCUUUAGAAUGUUAAUUUUCCAAUAUUCCAAACACACCGGUGUGACGGUACACUCUUAAGGGCUAAUAACACAUCACCUUCCACAUCUCUAUCGGGACAGAAUAACAGAGAAAUACAUCCUAUUCCUCCAAGGCCUCAACCACCAAAAAAACCCCACCACCAUCCACACUGCAAGUCUGCUUCCUUAGGCGACUCUCUCUGCUAAUGACCACACCCAUUCUGCUAUAGUCACAUUGUAGCACCACGCCUCUGAACACAUCCGCAUUUCCGCACAUAAACAAUGAGCUCGGUCAGCUUCACCUGGUUGUCGCCAUGAAGCAUGUGCAAUGGUCAUUCAAUGGUCAAAGAGAUUGAGAGGAUGGACAGCCGUUCACCCGCUCAUCGCCAUCCGCUAAAACGUUCAAAGACUUGAGGUUCUUGAGAAUGAGUACUUAGAGAAGGUGUUUUGAGGUUUACUGUUUGUGGGAUGCACAUGUACAAAUUUGCUUGUAAAAAGGUGGUUUUUGGUGAAAGCUGCAAUGCACAGUGAACUUUCACUUAGGGAUACACUUUUCCACUCUACACAACAGGCUGAAAUUACGAUUUCAUGUAUGUGGAGUUACUUUCUUGCACAAGUCAAUUCUAAAGACCAAAAAGAAAAAAAAGAAAAAAAACUGGAAAAAACUAUUGAAUAUUGUCCAUUGUAGGUCAAAGUAGACCACACUUGUUUUGAAGAGACGUUUUUCUGGUUGUGUCUGACAUUCGUCCGAUUUCCAACCUGAAACUUGGGACACGCUUGUCAGAAAAGAGAAGAAAAUUCAUUCUUACCCAUUCUUGAACUUAAACAAAACACAUGGAAAUGAUGAUAUUACGAUGUCAAUAUUAAAUGACAGCUUGAUGCAAAUUUGGUUCAGCUUGGAUAGGAACAGACUGUUGGGUAAAUAAAGGCAAACAAUUGGAUAAAUAAUCAAAGGAAAGAGAGAAGGCAACAUAGGGGUCUCUUCUAAUAUGGAGGCAGUUUGAUGCAGGGAUGUUGAAGGAUCACUUGAAGACUAUAAUUCAGGUUUAAGCACAUCAUUUGCUCACAGACUAAAUGUAACAAGUGCAUGAGUAAGUGUCCGUUUUUAGCAUUUGUAGAGCAUUUUUUUUAUACAUUUUUUAUAAAUGUGUUUUGUAUAAAUAUAUCUUACUCUUUUUAUGUCUCACCAUUGUUGUUUCACAUUAUUUGUUUUCAUUUGUGUGGUUGAUUAUGUUUUUCUUAACUUCUCCAGUCAAUGAUUGUACAAUUAGUUACACCAAGCAUAUGCAUCGCAUAUGAGUUUGUGUUUGAACAUGCUCUGGGGUACUUGUGCCCCACAAUCAAACAGAUUUCACAAUGUUGGCACACAAUGUCUUGACAUGUUUUGAGACCACGGUGUAGCAGAAUCAAUGUUUAAACCAAUUUUGCC